UGCAGCCUGCAGCCUGCAGCUAUAAUUAGCGGAGUGUGUCUGCUCUCUCUGAAGCUGCUGCACACUUCCGUGUUUUCACUUUGUCACCGUAAAGCAGGGAGCACUGUAGUAAUGUGUGGGAGUUAAUCUGCCCGUCUGCUGUUUACCUACAGAGUCGUCGUUCCUGUUCCAGGUGAAGUGAAACGGCAGGAGAAGCUACAUGGAGGCUAACUAACCCUGGACCAGUCUGAGCUCAGAAGAGGAACUGCGGAACAUUAGAGCAGGAUGCCAGCUGGAGUUUGUGGCUGCUGUGGGCCGCUGAGGCCAAGGUACAAACGCCUGGUGGACAACAUCUUCCCCGAGGACCCAAAAGAUGGCCUCAGUAAAUCAGACAUGGAGAAGCUGACCUUCUACGCUGUGUCGGCUCCAGAGAAACUGGACAGGAUCGGAGCGUACCUGGCUGAGAGGCUGAGCAGAGACGUGGUGCGACAUCGCUAUGGGUACGUGGUGAUCGCCAUGGAGGCUCUGGACCAGCUGCUGAUGGCCUGUCACUCUCAGAGCAUCAAACCCUUCGUGGAGAGCUUCCUGCACAUGGUGGCCAAGCUGCUGGAGUCCAGAGAACCAGACCUGCAGGUUCUGGGAACCAACUCGUUUGUGAAGUUUGCCAACAUUGAGGAGGACACGCCAUCCUACCACCGCCGCUACGACUUCUUUGUGUCCCAGUUCAGCGCCAUGUGCCACUCGACUCAUGAAGAUCCUGAAACCAGAACCAGGAUCCGUGUGGCGGGCAUCAAAGGUCUGCAGGGCGUGGUGAGGAAGACUGUGAACGACGAGCUGCAGGCCAUCAUCUGGGAGCCUCAGCACAUGGACAAGCUGAUCCCAUCUAUGCUGUUCAACAUGCAGGACAGCGAAGACCUGGACAGGGCGGGGCAUCCCGGUACGCCUUCAGUGGUUGGUCAGGAUGGUGAGGAAAACCCUGCGGCGCUGGCUGAGAGCUGCUUCAGAGAGCUGCUAGGCAGAGCGGCUUACGGCAACAUGAACAACGCAGUCCGACCUGUGUUGGUUCACCUUGACAACCACCACCUGUGGGACCCCAAUGAGUUUGCUGUCUCCUGCUUCAGAAUCAUCAUGUACUCCAUCCAGGCUCAGCACUCCCACCACGUCAUCCAGCAGGUCCUGAGCCACCUGGACAACCACAACAAGAACACGCCGCGGGUCAGAGCUGGCAUUGUGCAGGUCCUUCUGGAGACGGUUGCUAUCGCUGCCAAAGGCUCUGUGGGUCCCACAGUGCUGGAAGUGUUUAACACUCUGCUCAAACACCUGAGGAUGAGUGUGGACUUCGAGCUGGGAGACAGCUCCAGGAGAAACUCCAGCACUAGUGUUUCAUCGGCGGGCCGGGGCAAAGAGAGCGAGGAGAGAAUCGUCCAGAACGCCAUCAUCCAGACCAUCGGCUUCUUCGGUGGAAACCUGCCAGACUACCAGAGAGCUGAAGUCAUGAUGUUCAUCAUGGGCAAAGUGCCAGUGUACGGCACCCCCUGCCACACCUUGGACACUGUCAAGAUUGGGCACCAGGGUACAAAGCGGAUCCAGACCAUGCUGCUCAGCUCUCUCAUCAUGGUAACCUCCGGCUUUAAGUCCAAGUCCAUGGCUGCCGCUCUGCCUCCUCCCUUCCUGGAUCCGCUCUUCUCCAUCUCCCUGAUGGAGGACAGUGAGCUGCGACAGCUGGUGCUCGAGAUCCUGCACAAUAUCAUCGAUCGGCAUGACAACCGGGCCAAGCUACGUGGCAUCAGAAUAAUUCCUAAUGUUGCAGCACUUAAGAUUAAAAGAGAGAAGAUUUCAAAACAAGAUGUUGCAUUUAUGAAAAAGCAUGGCCAGCAGCUCUACCGUCACAUCUACCUGGGCUGCAAAGAGGAGGAUAACGUUCAUAAAAACUUUGAGCUGCUCUUCACCACCCUGGCUACUCUGACCAUUGAGUUGGCCAACGAGGAGGUGGUUAUCGACCUCAUUCGGCUAUCCAUCGCUCUGCAGGACAUGGCUCUGACUAAUGAGGAGAACAUGCCCAUGUUUAUUCGCUGUGGCAUCAUGGCCUUGGUGGCAGCGUACCUUAACUUCCUGAGCCAGAUGAUCGCAAACCCUCCCUUCUGCCAGCACGUCAGCAAGGUUAUUGAGCUGAGGAACAUGGAUGCUCCGUACCUUCUUCCAGAGCAUGUCUUCAGAGACAAGUGUCCACUUCCAGAGUCGUUGGAUAAGGAGGACAAAGGGUUGUACUUCCAGACAGCCGACAUGGCGGAGUGUUUAGCGGGACCGGGGUACAACGCAGAGAGACUCUCUGUUCCUUAUGUUCCUCAAGUCACAGAUGAAGAUCGUCUGACCAGGAGGAAGAGUUUUGUAGACACCAUCUCCCUUCAGGUGGACAUCAUGUCCAACAGCCUCCCUGAUAAGUCCCAGCUGGCUGAGGAGAUCACAUUUGAGACCCUGAAGAAGGCCAUCGAUACCACGGGUCUGGAGGAGCAGGAGAGGGAGAAGAGACGUCAGGUGAUGGAGAAGUUCCAGAAAGCUCCGUUUGAGGAGAUUGCUGCUCACUGCGAGUCCAAGGCGAACAUGUUACAUGACCGGCUGGCACAGAUCUUUGAGCUCACAAUAAGGCCUCCACCCAGCCCGUCCGGAGUGGUUUCCAUCUCAGCGGGACACACGCAGCACCAGUCCGUCCCCGUCUACGAGAUGAAGUUUCCAGACUUGUGUGUCUACUGAUUUCAGCACACUCCUUACCGUCACACAACCACACCUCUUCACAGCUAAAAAAAAGAAUUAAAAAACAAAGAAAGAACUACACAAUCAGUCUGUACUCUAGUUUACGCUCAUUUAUGUUAGCACAAAGGCUACAGGGAUGCUAACAGGACCACCAAAUGCAGCUUAAGAACCCUUUUUGAGUAACCAAUCAUCAACAAAAUCCACCAGUAAAGUCAAAUAUCUAUUUUCAAAUCUAUAUCAUAAAACUCGGUGGAGCACCAGCAACACACUCUCUGAUUUCCACCUCCUUUAAGAGCCUAAAAGUGGAAGUUUGAAUCAAAUAUUUUGGACACAUCAAAGCAUCUUUUUCUCUAAUUGUUCCACAUAAUUUAAUCCUUAAUUGAGUCUGAAGAACAUGUGUAUUAAUCCCAGCAGCUCUAAAUAAUCUUCUCGCUGCACUUUGCUGCCCUGGCUGUCAUCCCUGAACCUAAAACUAAGAACAAGUCUCCAAGAUCAAAAAAACAAAACAUGAACAGCUUUCAUUUAGAGAUUUUAUAGACGCUGAAUGUGACAUUGCUUUGAAGCAUGACUCUUAUCCAGUUCGUCAUCUCUGCUGUAGCCAAAGCUCAACACUUUGUACAUACGCUGUAGACUCAAGCCCAGUUUGGACCAAAGAUUCACAAUGAAACGCGACCGUUUCAGAACGUUGAAGAGGGCAGUGAACUGAGCUAAAAUCAGGCAGCCAGUUCAUCCAGUCGCCAACAGCUGGUUUUAGCUAAAAGGCAUGUUGAGUGUAUCAUCAGCCAGUCAGCACCUUGGAACCCAGAGAGGAAGUCAGCUGGUCAAGCCAGUUUAAAAGUAAAUAAUUCAUAGGCUAAAGUAUAUACUUAUUAAAGGCUAUAGCUCAACAGGUGCUAGUAAGUGCCGAGGUGUCACCAGUGGUCCCCCUGAGGAAAUGCUGCCUCAGUAGUUUGCUCUGCUUAUUCAAGACAACCUCAGCUCCUUAACCUGAAUGAAUUGGCCAGAUUCCACAUCUGUCAUCAGGAUCAAUCAGCCUUAUUUGAGAUAAAAGAGGUGGUAGCUAAUGACCUGCUUAAUUGCAGUGACUGCAAGCCUGUAAACAAUGGCGGCAAGUGAAGAGAUUAGCAUGAAUGCAGCUAUAGUGUCAGUUAGAUCAAAGCUGCAAAAUGUCUCCUUAUUAAAAAAAAAAAAAGAGCAGAGAACCACACCGAAAGCUUUUCUUGAUGAAAAAAGUAGCUCCUCUACUGACUGGCUUUGACAGAAGUUCUGUUCACCAACUGGCUCCACUGAUGGUGAACAAUCAUAACGGCUGCCUGUUGAGCUCACAUUGUGUAGUUUUCUUCCUGGCAGCUGUGUACGCCUCCUAAGCCAUAUGUUUGUCAAUCUGACUGACCCAUGAUUAAUGUGAAGGAGUGAACAGUUUUAUUGUGAAAGGUUCUGCCUUUCCCAACACCAUCCAUUGGGUGUUGCCCAGAUGAAUGUGAAGUAUGUCCCAUGCCAUGGAUUUUUGAAACAGUCUAUCUGGUGUGUCAUGUUGUAUGUUCCUUUAAAUGAUGAAUACUGCUUAGAAUAGCAGGGAGAAAUGGACAAAAGAUGCUAUAUCUGUAGUCUUAAGACUGCGGCAUACUUUGCCGUUAGAGUCCUGUAUAUUUCUGUUGAAGCAUUCAUGAACUGAAGUAGGUAAUUCUGGUACAUCCUCACGAACUUCCAAGGUGCAUGGAGGAUGGAGGGAAAAGCAACACUUGCAGUUUAGAGAACAAUUUUAUUAGACUGACAUGUUUCAGGUUGUAGUUUUCAUCAGGGUUAUCCUGAUCAGGAUUCAUCACGAAGACCCUGACGACAGCUACAAGCUUAAACAUGUCUAAUAAAGUUGUUCUCAAAAUACAACAGUAGCUAGCGUUCCUAUAACUCCUUGUUAGAGCAUGCUAGUCUGAAUCCUCCUUUUAUUUAGCUUUCUUUUUGGACAAAAGCAGAAUGGCCCAUUGCACACAGCAGCAUUGAAGCUUUGGUCUGAACUGGGCUUUAAACAUAACUCAUAGAGACGGCUAAAACCAGAAAAAAAGCUUGAAUACUUGAUGCUUUUUUUUAGCCGUAAUGCUCGCGCCUCUGCCUCUGAACAAAUAUCUGUUUACUUGUCGAUCAGUAUGCAUCAGUGCAGUCACAAAUUAGCAGAAAUGUACGAUGUUUUUAGCUGUAGAGUAACUGAGAAAACGUCACCGUUGGUAGAAGUCAAGAGUAGUCUAAUCAGUCUAAUCAGUCCUCACUGUUCAGUCUUUGCAUUUUUAAGGUAAAUACGGUCCAAGAAAGGUUUUACCAACCAGCUUAGUUUAUGGUUGGAAUCGAAAGCAAUACUUGUACUAUAAAUAACCACUAAUGGAAAAUGAAAAUGGCUCACACUGUUGGUGAUUGUUUUGGAUGCAAUCAGGAGCUAUUAAAAUCUCAAUUGUUUAUUCCUGAAUUAUAGGAAUCUGCAGCUCAUGGAGCAGGGAUUUCUUUGGCUGGAAGGGUUUUCAAGUGCAAAGUGAUGCAAAAUAUGAUGUUGGAUUUCUUAAGUGGAUGAUUUUCUAAGAUUUUUGAGUCUCCUCUUGUCUUUGAAUUGCUAUCCUUGUUGAAAUGACUGUACUGUGAUUGGUUUGAUUUGAUUUUCAAUGUUUGAUAGGUUUUAUAGAGGGUGGAAACAGAGGAAGAUAGCCACCGUGAACUACAAAUAUCAACUUAACACUUUCUGUUCUUUUUUUCCUUGCCAUAAGUUGGUGUGCACUUUGCAAAGAAGGAAAGAGGUUUAAAAUCAUCCUGUUCCAUUCAUUGCAAGGCGUGCCAUCUUUCCAUUGCACAUUUCAGCAACAAGCCAUUUUUAAGUGAUUCUCUCAAGUCAUCAGAACAUGAUGUGAGUAGUUUUGGAGGACUAUCCAGUAACUUAUCUGUCCUUUAUAAUGGGACUGAUAAUGAACAAAGAUGCUGCAGUGUCUGUUAUGUAUAAAUUGUAUUGAAAGAAACAUCGCUUUAGAUUUUUGGAUCACUAAAAGUAAGCCUACGAACCUCAAGUCCAUGACACUCCUUUCACCACUUCUCUUUGUCUUCUGAUUGUCAGAUUACAACAAUGGGUGUAAACAAUUCAGCAGUUUGAGUACAUGUCAAGAAUGUGGCACAGGGUGUAAGAUAUUGGUUAAAGAGGCCAAGUGUGAUUUACAUGUGAGGAUAGGUCAAGAUUAGCCAAAAUACCAUUCUUCCUGGCUUGAUGGCGGUACAGUGGUUAGCAUUAUCACCUCACAGCGAGAAGAUUGCUGGUUUGAGUCAGGGCCUCUGUGUGGGGUUUGCAUGUUCUAGCAGUGCCUUCAUGGCAUCUCCCCGGGUUCUCUAGCUUCCUCCAGAACUCCAAAGACAUGCAUGCUGGAUGCAGAAAGCAUGUCUGGCUGGCCACACUCUGGACUAACUCCAGGUCUUAACUGGUUUUAAAAAUGUAAGCGAAGACCGACAUGGAGGGUUUCAACCAGUUUUCCUUUGUACAGUUGUCCAACAUGCACACUAGGCAACUCAACCAGACUGUGAGCCCACACAUCUGUCUUUUGUAGUGAUGAAUUCAGAGUUAAGACAUCUCACAGAAACUUGUGAUCAAAUGUGACUUCAGGAGAGAGACAACCAUGGAUGGUGUGAUAUCGUAGCUGAUAUUAAGGCAGUGGUUUUUAGAUUUUCCCACCCAAGGCACACAUGAGAUUCUGUCAUGAUCUCAAGACACACCAUAUUUAUAUUCAUGCAAUAACCUCUUUAACAUUUGUUAUAGUAUCUUUAGUUUUUGUAUUUAUAUAGAAAUAAUGUAUAGUUGAGCUCACCGAGACUUGCCUCGAUUCACACCACUUGAUAACCAUUGGGAUGAGGCAUAUUUACCUUUGUGAGCUGUAACAGUGCAUAACAUCAGGUAUGUGAGGCUUCCUAUGGGGCUUUUCCAUUACACUGAGCAUCUCGGCUCUACUUGGUUUGACUCAGCACUGCAGCCCAGUGCAGCAGGGGAUUUGUUUUUCCCUCACAACAGAGCCAUGUUGGGAUAUGCUUCAGUAAGCAUUGUUUUGUUCCACCAGAAGAUGAAGAAGCACCCAUUGUUUCUACUUCUAAGUUUCUUCUUAUUUUUUUCAUGGUAAUCCAGUAGGUAUUUCAAAGCUUGUUGCAGCGAUUGCUACUUAAAAACAUCUGUGAGGUGUCCCCGUAUGAUAACGAACUACUGUAAUGUCACCACAGUGUGCUCGGAGGCAUGGUAGGCGUACUUGGGUCCUGCUCAGAAUGACUUAGUUAAGGUUUUUAUUUCUGCUGCAGUCUGAGCCCAUCCUUAAAAGAAAGCUCAAGAUAUUCUGCAGCUGGUAUGAUUCAGAAAUCAUCUGCAACUUCAUAGAUUCACUUUGACAUCAGUCAAACAGAAAUGACGUGCAUAGUUGUUGUUAACUAGAUAAGCGCUCUUACCUUGUCAUAUUGAAUGUACAUGUAUCUCUACCAGCGCUCUGUCGUUCUGCACUCUGUGUGCUGACGAUUGUCAUCUUCACCAGCAGAUUCUCAUCCUCACAGCUUUACUGGCAGCUUCAAAAUACACAUUUUUGCCAAAGACACAGUUUGUUCCCUUCCUGUUCCCUGACUUGGUGUUAUUAAAGGUGACGUCCACAGAGCAGCCAUAUUGAGCGUUUGAUUCAGCACCUCGUCACAGUAAAAAGUCAUUGAUCCUCCUCGGAUACAAAGUGGAGACAUUCUGCUGGAUUUAAUCAUCUGCCCUCUUUCCACAGUCACCACAAGGCCACGUUUUGUCUCCGAAAGAGGUGCAGAAGGCGUUUUUGGAAUGAGAUCCUUCAUAUCUGGUGGAGGGAGCUGCAGCUGUGAUCCGUAAUAACAGAUGGUUAUCAGAGUUUCCUCUGAUCUGAGCGCAGAGCGGUGACACAAAUCCCUCCAGUUUGAGGCAGAUUCAUGCUGCCACCGCUUGGCCUGAGCAGCUGUGUAGAGAACGUCACCGUCACACCGCUGAUGCUUCAGUUUAACCCUCAAAGAUGGGUGGUUUGUCUUUGAAUUUGUCCUUAAAAGAUUGGUUUCACAGUUCCAGGAGAGGGGUCAUGCCUUUUGGUUUGGAUCCACAUGUAUUUAGAGCUUUUCUUGAAGGAGAAAUAAGAUGUAAAAUUGAUUAAAAAGACAAGGAAGAGGCUGUAUACUUCUCAGAAGGAUGUGGAGGCUGUUGAAGUUGAGAUGGUUUUGCACGUUCAGAUUUGUUGUGUUGGCGAAGAGAAAGGUUGUCUGUGUGAGAUUUGAUGGAAAUCACCAACAUGAGCCCUUGAUAAUAAUCAUAUUCAGGAGCCAAUUUCAUGGCUCAGCGGCCUCCGGCUUCAAUUCCACCUGGUUUUAUGCACAAUCUGUACCUGGAUAUCUUAAUGUAAUCAGUAACUUACAUGUUGAUGCAGUAGAAUCACUCCUCUAUAAUCUGGCCCCAUUGGAAGAUGAGCUGGUCAGUUUUGUGCAAGGUGCAAUCUUUGUAGUUAAAGAUAGUAAAAACAAACAUGUACCUACAUAUUCAUGUCUGACUAGCCAUAUAACUUAGAUUAGACUAAUGAUUGAACACAAUAGGAUUUAAGUCCAUGUCCAGAAGAUUAAAACCUGAGGUAUAUUCUUUUUUCUUGGUUUUAUGUGCAGAGUUUGGAGUCAUCAUUCAGGACUGUGUUGUACAUCCUACUUUGUUAGCUUGAUGCUAACACAUUUUUAUUAAUGAAAAGCUAGCACUAAGGUACAUUUUCCUGCUCAUGAUGUGUUAUUUGUGAAAUGAUGCUAACUUAAGUUUCAGUCUGUGUGGAGGAGUUUUGUACUUUCCAGCCCCCUGCCAUCCACUCCCAACUGUUUCUGGCACAGAUUCUUACAAUCCACAUGCGUUUUAUUGAAGGCAAUAUUGAUAUGUUCCCUUAAACACCACCCUGAUGAAGUUUCCUCUCUGAAUGAAGAAACCCUUAGAAAACAGCCAUGGUUAAAUAAAAUCAGCUGGGACUCUCAGACUGAUUUAAUUCCUGCUUGUGUCGUAGUAAUAGCAAUGUCAAAGUCCUACUGGCUGACCUUUUUUUUUACACAUAAUUUAUUUUCAAGUCAUACAAUGGUGUAAUUGUUUCUUGAUCUUUAGUAAAUUUAAUAGCCAUAAAAUCUUCAGUGCACUUCCAUCAGCUCUUGCAGACAGUAAUCUUUUCGUGCUAUUACCAUCGUCAUCAUUAGAUGUUAAAUGCAAUAUGGUCGAGUUUCAUGGAAAGGGGUGUUUUUUCCCCAGAUAACUGCAUAAUGGCUCAGCGUCUCUGGAGCAUAUAUGCAAAGAUAGGCCAACAACACAAUGAGAGGAGCAUUAUAGCUGUGCCUUUUGACUUAUUUACAACGUUUUAGUGCACACACUGUUUGUGAAGCUUUAACAAAGCAUCACACAGCCUAUCUGCCAUGUAAGCUCCAACAUUUUGCUUCUGAGGUAAACGGAAAGCAGCAGAAGUCCCUGAAUGAUGACUCGGCACAAAUGAAAAUCUGCACAUAUUUAGUUUUUUUUUUCAUGGCACCAGUAUUGAACCAGUACACCCAAGAAGUCUUCUGAGAGGGAUCAAGGGCAUUUAUAGCAAUGGUGCGGCGUGAAAAUCAAGACAGACACAGAGUUGAAGGGUUAAUGCAGAGGCUAUUAAAGAAUGAUAUGCAAAUACAGAUUGUGGUUCCACAUCAGGUGUAAAUGGAGCCUUAAAGCCUUUUCUUUUCUUAUUUAGCUGCAAACGGCUGACAGUGCUGGAAAGAUGUUUGGUUAAAAAGGACAAAUUAAAGAGCAGAGAAGCACUGAGGAAAAUAGUUUCUAUUUUACAAUAUGUGCUCCACUGAUAAAUGAAACAGAUGCAUUAUGUUUUGUGCAUAUCACGCUGCGUAACGUCUCAGCUUUAAAUGCAAUCGUUAUGAUUUAAUAUCAUAUUAUCAUAUCUGCAUUGUAUGAACUAACUGCAUGGUAUCUUAAUAUCACAUUGUGGCCCCCUGCAGGGCUUUGGGAAAAAUAUGCUGAAUCAUUAAAAGCAUCCAAAUGAGACGUUCAUCCUUAAAAAUGAGAUUUUUCUCCAGACGUGUUUAAAAUGAGCCAGCAGAGUGACGACGUGUCACUGGUUGUAGUUUGGAGAAAAGUCUGAGGAUGGAUCUCUGAUUGGAUGUGACUGGAAGACAUGAUCACUUCCUCUGAUGAAUGUGUCAUUAUAGCGGUAUAUCAUAUAUUUUUGUACAUUUUAUGCAUCAUGCAUUGUUGAAUUAUUGCCUGGUAGAGAUUUAGAGAUUUAUUACAUUUAUCUAUGUGGAAACAUGAAAUGCUGAUCUCUUUUGAGUUUGAAAUGUUCAUCGUUUACUUUGACGGUUCAGGGUUUCAAUGGGAUUGUGCACUUCUUAUCAGAAAUGCUCCCAUCAUUGUUAUUCUUUUUUAAACUGUACAAUCCAUGUUAUCAUUUCAAAUAUGCUGAGAGAUGAAUGAAUAUUAUAUCUAUAGUCACAUGAUAGUUAUUUUUGCAUACUGCAGACAUGAGGAGUAAACGGUGCAAUCUUAGGACCUAGAUUAUUUUGUUAUAUUUUAUUCAGAAGCUGCAGCCACAGCUCAGACUCAUUCAUCAGCAAAGUUUUACAUUAAUGAAUGAAUUAAUGAGACAGCUCAGCUCCAGAUUCACCUCUGUCCUUCAGCAGAGAUUGCUUUUCUAAUCACAAAAUAAAUGCAAUUAACUUUUUGUUUCCAAUGAGACCAAAAUCAAUAUCUAAGAAGACCAGCUCUCUGAUACAAUGCCCAGUUGCCUGUACCAUGCCGAAGCAUGAUUGUCUUCCCUCCCAGGUCCCCUGCUUGCCUGCACUCGUAUUGGUCCAUGGCUGUGGUGGGCCUUAGCCUGGGUACUCCUCAUACAUACAGUACCACAUCAUCAAAGAAGCACAGUCACAGUUGGGAACACUAUGACUGAGACUUUGCUGACUUUGUGGCUUAUUCUGGUCUUACACGGCCCUCUAAGCACUCCUAGACAUCCAUGAUGCAUACCCAUAGAGAAACCGAGGGAGGCAAACAGUGUGCCAGGGCCCAGGGAGAGUAGCAGGCUUGAACACGGUACAAAGUACUCAAACUAAUCAAACAAACUGAACUUUAGAAGAUUAACAUACUUAAGCACAGUCCAGAUUGCCUUUGGGCAUAUCCUGGCAAAAACUAUGGAUUUUUAGAGGCAACUUAUUUAAAUCAAGCUAACAUAAAUUUUAAUUACAUUUAGUUGACUGAAGUUAUGAAAACAUGCAGAAAAUGCUCAAAAUUGAACACCUUUAUCCAACAAAGAUUACAGAAUCAGCAGGUAAAAAGUAUGCAGUACGUUUGCUGAGGUUUUGCUGUUUCGACUUGCAUUUGCAUCCAUGUCUGGCUUCAUCAUGAACAUUUUUGUAGCUAUACUUGCAGCGUGUUACUGGAGGACACCACGAGAGAGAUCAGGCCUUAUAUGACUGUGUAGGAUGUAAACUACAAACAUGGAAAUACUUGCAAAGGUUACAAUGAUGGGAAUCCUGGCAUCAGAUGAUCAAGAGUAACAUCAGAUCAGACUUAUAACUGUUUGUUAGAAGACAUUUAUUGCACUUUGUUUCUUAAAAAAUUUCCUGUUUGCAUACACAUUCUGGUGUAUUGCUUUAAUCGGUGACCUUGAUAACUACAGCUGAAAGUGACCAGUUUGCACAGUUAUACAGUAGGAUGCAUUCAGCCUGAGCAGAGGCAGGGAUAAAAUCAGAACCAGAAAGGGGGAAAUCUCCCCCACCUUCCCCCAGCAAUUCACACCCUGCAUACAAGUAUCUCCUGACACAACCUGUGUGUAACUGUACCCCCAAUUUUUAGAUGAAAAAUACCAAAAGAAACCCACUGUUCCUACAAGAUGCUAUCAGUGCUGCCUGUUAACUGCUUGUUUACAUCUGCGUAGUAGUGCAUUAUGGCAGCAAGUUAGUAGCCUUUAACUGGAGCUACAGUGGCUGCUAGUGGCAGGAGGCUGUUCAAACAGACUGGGACUGGGAUGGUGAGCCUGAGCUGUCCUGUACUUCUGCUCUUGUUACUGAGGGUGCUAACUGUGAUCAUUUAGCUGGCUUCUUUAAAAAUCACUUCAACAUGAAAUUCAACCAUUUCACCCAUUGAGAAAGUCUUAAAUGAAACUUUAAAGGACCCUUGUCACUGUUACUGAGGAGAUUUUAUCCAGUGAAGUGAAUCUGGAGCUGAGAGUCUGCAGCUUCUCAUCUUUAUUCAAACAUGACUGAUACAGAAUAUUAAAAAGCUGAUCUCAGAGCAGUCUGAAGUCUGUCUGGAUGCAGAAAUCAACCAGUCUGUAUCUUUCAGAUUAAUUCACAGUAUAAUAGAUGUAGACAUAUCUGAAUGUGUUACAUCAAAUCUAAGAUGCUGAAUAGUUCAUGAGUGUCACACGAUUUCAGACAUUGUGUUUGAUCACUGUGUACCUGGUACUGAAAGCAAAUCAGCACAGAUUCUUGUUGGUACAGGAUUAGAGGUAUUUUUCUCCAAAUGUUCUGUUUAUGAGAGAACAAAGCUGUAUGAACCUGUAAAAACGUCCCUCUUAAACAGUGACUACAGUGAAAUCUAAAACCUUAACAGACGAGAAAAGACGUUGCUGCUGACCUGCCUUAUUUCAGUAUGCUGGACACAAACCCUCCUUUAAAGAAACCAACGUCUUCACUGUUUAAGACGGACGUUUCUACGGUGUAACCCUGCAGACGAACAGAGAGCGUCUGAUGAGGUUUGUUUUGUUCGUGAAGCAGCAGUUUGUAUUUUUGUGCCAGUUUUUAGACGUCACGUCAGCCUUCACAGCGACAGACUCCAAGGUGUUUAAACUGCUACAGCUCGGCUUCGUUUCAGUCACAGCGCUGAUUUUAACCACUAGAGGGCGCUGAGGUUCUCACGCUGCACACACAGGAAAUUAUUUAAAAUACAGUGAAAGAUUAGAAUGGUUCCACAUCUAAAUUUAGCAAAGCCAGCUGUUUUAGCCAGGUUUGAUCCAGUGCGCACCUGUUAUGUACCAUUUCAUAUGUUCUGUUCUCAGAAUGUGCAAUCAUAAAACUUUUUGAAAUUCAUGAAUAUUCUCAAGUCAAUAUUCCACAUUAUUUCACUUUUUUCCUCCAAGCACAGAGUAAAACUUUUUAAGAUUAAUCCUCAAAGUUAUUAUUUGUUUACUAUAUUUGAAUUUUCUUUUCCAAAGGCAGCUGUGGUAGGCAAGUGGGAAAAUGAGAAAGAAAGACAAGUAGAUUAAAUAUGUGAUUAUACCUAUACAAGACUUAGGAAAAGAUGUAGUUGCAAGAUUUUCAGUUUCUGAGUUUUUAUGUUUAUUCACAAAACAAGAAAAAAACAACUAAAAGUGUUUUUUAUGUAAUAUUGAAUCUGACUAAAAGAGGGGGAAAUGCAACAAAUACAAUCUGGCUGAAACAAUGGCUUAUUUAUUUAUAGAAAUGUAUAAAUAAAUAAAAAUGAAGUUCUGAGUCUUGUUAAUUCCUGACUUUAUUAUCUUUUUCUUUUAAAUGUAUGAUUUUUUUUCCACAAUUCUUGAGUUUUUUUUCCUUAGCAACUUCAUAAUCUCAAAUACAUUAUUUAAACUUAAACUGAUAACUUUUAAUGUUAAAAAUUCCCUUAAAUUUACAACCUUAUAAUCUGAACAACUCUUGAAUUUUUUCCUUAGAUUUACAACUUUAUGAUCUUGAAUAAUCUUGUUUUUUUUUCUUAAAUUGCUGACUUUUAAAUAUCAAAAAUUCCUUUAAAUUUACAACCUGAAAAUUUCAGCAGUUCUUUAUUCUUUCACUUAGAUGCAAAAAUUAAAUUCUCAAGUAUUAUUUUUUUUUCUCUUACAUCGCUGACUAUUUAAUGUAAAAGUUUAUGACUUUUCCCCCUAAAUUUACAACCUUAUAAUUUCAUAUUCUUGAGUUUUCAGUCUUAAAUUAAUGACUUUAUAAUCUGAAAGAUGUGUGGUUUUCUCUUAAUUUUUCAUCUUUAUAUUCCCCAAAAUUCUUGAUGUUUUCUCUAAAUAUAUGACUUGAUAGCCUAAAUUUUUCCCCCUCGGACUUAAGGCUCCUUUUUCUUGUUGUAUAUGACGCUGUUGUAUAUUUGAGUUGCACUGAUUUGCCACUGCUGGCUGUAAUAGUCAACAACAAAAGAGAAGAAUAUUUGAAUCAGUAAAUAAAAUAAUAAAAUGGAUCUUCCUCUUUAAGAAAACAUUAGCAAACUGAAACUCACCUCAAACCUACCUUUGUUAUUUAUUUUUAUUUUUGUUUGUUUUUUCCUCAGUGAGAAACCAUGUGAUAUAUAUGUAUUGGUAAAAUUAGCUGAAAAUCUCUGUAUUCAGUCUUCAAUUUGCAGUUUUGUGAAAAAAGUUGACAGACAAAAAAUAAAAAAAUAAAUAAAACAUGAUAGCUGAAACAUGUCCAUGUUUAACAUUGAAUUUCAUCAAGUUGGGAAAGAAGAAACUCUGAAACCACAAACACAUAAAAAAAAAGGGUCUUGAUGAUUGAUUUUCAAAAAAACUAAGCCAGUGAGAAUGAUUAUAGUUUAUUUCUUUAUGUAAUUUUCUUUAGCCAGAAACACAAAAGACAAACUGAUGAGGAAUAUGCUCUCUUGUCCUUCAAGGCUUCCGUAGAACAUCAUCAAACCCACAUUUUAUGAUGAGUCUGUCUACACAGCACUCCAUCUUUCUAGAUUGAUCCUGUUCAUCAAACUGAGCAGAGCAGGUCGACCCAGACAGGAAUUCAGACGGUACUGCGCAGAACUCCCUUUGAUAAACAUAUUAGACAUCUCAGUAUGAGCGUUGUUUAUGAAAAAAAACAUGGAACCAGCAUGUUAUGAGGAAAGCUUCCACUGGAGCAGAGUGAAAUGACUUCCUGUCGCAGCAGCAGAGCCUCAGCGCUCCUUUACAAAGUCUCUAUUUAAAAGUAAACUGUAUGUUCAGAUUAAUG